CGGACGCCGGGCUCGCGCGGGCUGUGAGCUGCAGCGGCUCGGCCACCGGCAGCAGCAGCAGCAGAGGCGGCGGCGGCAGCGGCAGAAGCGGCGGCUGCAGCGGCGAGAGGUGCGCGGAUCGCGGAGUGUCGCCGGCCGGCGGGGACGGCCGCCCGGGGCGGCGGCGUGCAAGCUCGCAGACCUUGCCUCCAGCUUGCCGGAGCUGCGGACGUAGCGAGGCCGCCUCCGGGCCAGCCUCUCCCCGCGCUGCCAGCCGGCCCCGGCGCCGAGGGCGCGGCGACGCUCGGCCACCAUGGGCUGCACACUGAGCGCCGAGGACAAGGCGGCUGUGGAGCGCAGCAAGAUGAUCGACCGCAACCUCCGGGAGGACGGCGAGAAGGCGGCGCGGGAGGUCAAGCUGCUGCUGCUGGGUGCUGGCGAAUCCGGGAAAAGUACGAUUGUGAAGCAAAUGAAAAUCAUCCACGAAGCUGGUUACUCAGAAGAAGAGUGUAAACAGUACAAGGCAGUGGUCUACAGUAACACCAUCCAGUCCAUCAUUGCCAUCAUCAGGGCCAUGGGGAGGUUGAAGAUAGACUUCGGAGACUCUGCUCGGGCAGAUGAUGCUCGCCAACUCUUUGUGCUUGCUGGGGCUGCAGAAGAAGGCUUUAUGACGGCAGAGCUUGCUGGAGUCAUAAAGAGAUUGUGGAAAGACAGCGGUGUGCAAGCCUGCUUCAACAGAUCCCGGGAGUACCAGCUGAAUGACUCUGCAGCAUAUUAUUUGAAUGACUUGGACAGAAUAGCACAGCCAAAUUACAUCCCAACUCAGCAGGACGUCCUGAGAACCAGGGUGAAAACAACCGGAAUUGUGGAGACCCAUUUUACUUUUAAAGAUCUUCAUUUUAAAAUGUUCGAUGUGGGAGGACAGAGGUCAGAACGGAAGAAGUGGAUCCAUUGCUUCGAGGGCGUGACCGCCAUCAUCUUCUGUGUGGCCCUGAGUGACUACGACCUGGUUCUAGCUGAGGAUGAAGAAAUGAAUCGAAUGCAUGAAAGCAUGAAGUUGUUUGACAGUAUAUGUAACAACAAGUGGUUUACAGACACAUCCAUUAUCCUUUUCCUAAACAAGAAGGACCUCUUUGAAGAAAAAAUCAAGAAGAGCCCCCUCACAAUCUGCUACCCGGAAUAUGCAGGAUCAAACACCUAUGAAGAGGCAGCUGCAUAUAUCCAGUGUCAGUUUGAAGACCUCAAUAAACGAAAGGACACAAAGGAAAUCUACACCCACUUCACCUGUGCCACGGAUACUAAGAACGUGCAGUUUGUGUUUGACGCUGUAACAGAUGUCAUCAUAAAAAAUAAUCUAAAAGAUUGCGGUCUCUUCUAAGUUUUGCAGUUGGUGGUAACAAGCAUUUUCAAACCAAAUGAGUACUUAUAUAUGGAUCUCUCUAGACUAGAGUCUCCCAGCCACACAGAAUGUAGUGUAUUGCAAAUGCAUCCUGGACAUGACCAAAGUUGUUCUGUUUUGUGUCUUUAUCUGGAAGGACUAGGACCUUUCUCAAAGGGGAAAGAGGGGCCUGCAAUGUCAAAGGGAGGUGUGAUGUUGAAACUGGGCUCUAGUGUAACUGAUGACGUCUGUGUAAGUGUAAAUAUGCAAAUGUAAGAUGUAUUUAUAUCUUUUGAUUUCCCAUAUUAUGUUUAGGUUGUAAGAGUGGCAACUUACGAUUCCAGUGUGAUGGCUUUGGAAAUAACAUAAAUAUUAAGUACCUUGUACUGAAUGACAGAAUAGCUCUGUGUUUGCCAGUUUUAAACAGCUUUAUUUAUGUUUGUGUCCUAUGAAUUUUAGGUACCAUAAUUAAUAUUAGGAAUUGUCAUGGCCCUUUCCUUGAUUAUAUGUAUACUUGUAUUCAUAAAACGUUAUUUGUACAAACAUUGCACAGACUAUUUUAAUACCACGAGUUGUUCUCUAAAGGUUAUGUGUUUCACGGGGAUGUUCUCACCGAGGUGAGCACACUGCCUUUAUCUCAGUUAAGCAAGCAUCGUGUGCAUUGACAUUUUCUUUACAGGAUGCAUGAUGUUACGAUUCUACCUUAAAUUUGUCUGAAGAAGCUAAAGGUUCAGAAUUUUGAAGAUACAGGAUCUUAAAAACACUUCGCUUUUAGUCCACCAAUUUGUUUCAAUUGAACCUUAGUAUCUGGAUGACAUUUCUGCAUUGCUUUUGGUGAUGCCAGAUUAAUUUUAUACCCUUAAAAACAUAGUUUAUUUAUGGCAAAGUUUAGGUGAGUGGUGAAAACAUUUUUGUGGGUAAAAAUUUUUAGUAUGUGAAUUUUGAGACAUUCAUUUAUGUAUUUUCUUUGGCAAGUCCCUCAUAUUUAAGCAUACAUGAUAAUUCCUUGUUUGGAAGCUAACCAGAAAAUCCUCUAUUACUGAUAGCAUACAAGCUUUUUGAUUCACCAGUUUCAAGUUUAUCACUUUAUGUCAAAAAUUGCUUCUUUUCCCUUCGAUUUCCAAAUUCCUUCCACUCGCUGGAAUUCAUAUUCAUUUAAAGCUAUACUGUGGUUUCUGACAUUAAGCGGACAAUUAUACUUAGAAAUUGAAUAGUAAUAUUUAACAAGAUCAGUGAGUGUGUCUGUGAGUGCUUACAUAUGUGUUACAUAAGUGCCACAUACUGAACUUUGUUAGUGCCGUUUUCCUGUCUAUGUGUCCUUGUGUUGGCAAAAUGAGUAACAUUGCCCAGCUCAUUCCCCUCUUUGACUCAUCCUGUAAAGUUAAGUCUUUCUAUAGACUGUGCCAGCGUGUGGUUUCUCACUCGCCUCAGAUGUUACCAUUUCCCUAGUCUUCUUGUUGACAUUUGUGCACACGUAAGUGUAUGGAGAAUCAUGAAUUGCAUUCACGUGGUUUGCUUUGGGGGAAAUUUUUUUUAAUUUGCAAUGUAAAGAAAUUCGAGGUUAUCGAAAUUCCUCCCGUGUUAGUUUAGAUUAUUUUAUGUGCCUUUCAUGAAAUGUACGUUUCCAUUCAUUUUUACUAAUGGAAGACCUGUCAGACCCAGAUUGUGAAGCUAUGUAUGAAAUUCAACGAUUAUCUGAAUAAAUUUGAAUGAUGAAAAAUAGGGUUUAAAAACCACGAAGAAGCACAUAUUGGUGACCAUCAUUGGUGAAUCCCUGAAGUCUACUCUGUGUAACUGUGCUACUAAUACAUCCUAAUAAAUUUAAAUUUUUAAAAUU